AUUUUGUCGCAUUAUUAAAAUUUUUAACCUCAUAAAUCUAUCAAUAAUAAUCAAAGUAAUUGAGAUCAAGCUGUCUGAUUAAAACUAUGCAGUCGUUUUUUGAAAUCGCAGAUAUUAAUCCCCAAUCAACCCAGUCUAUGAUACCUCGAUCAGAAUCAGCUCGAAAGUUUCCUAGUAUCUUUAUCGAUGAAGAAAAGAACCUCGGCAAUUGGAAAAAAUACUUGGAAGAUACUUUAGAAGCUGACAAUUUAGCCCAAGCAGACAAUUUAUUUGAUCUUGUAGAGCAAAGUGUUAUUGAUGAAGAUUGUGAAACAGUCAUCGAUGAACUUGAUAUUCCUGAAGAAACAGAACCGAAGAUAUUGUCAGUUAUUAGAACCAUUAUAACUAUUUACAGUAAAAAUGAGCAGAAAAGAUAUAGAGUUGGAAAUGGAUGGGUUCCAUUGCUAAGUCGUCUGGUCAAGAAAAAUCCAGAAAAGCUACCAACAUAUAUUGCAUUUAAACGCAUGAGAGACAAUUACGUUCCAGAACCUGGAACUCAUGGAUAUGUUUUGCGUCUUCUACUUAUGUAUCAUGAUCCAGAGCUUUGCAAUAUGUUGGACAAUGAUAAAUUCUCUCUCGCCAAGUACACUGAGUUGUGGGUCAAUUCUUUAUUCGCAGGAACUUGUGUUGAAUCAGUACUAAAAUCAUUAUGGGCAUACCUUUUCAAACAUGAUGAUCCUUUUAAAAUUUUUUUUGUCAUUCUAUCAAUCAUUAUAAAUAAAAGAGCUAAAAUUAUUGAAAUGAGAUUUGAUGCCAAGGAAAAAAUAGGAAAUGCCAUACAACUAUUUCCUCGUUUCAUGGAUGCUGCAGAAGUGAGAGAAAUUAUAUCGUCUGCAGGUAUAUUGGACACGAAUACACCUCCAUUCUUCAAGGAAUUGUUUAAAAAUUUCAUGUUUGGUAGAAAACGUGAGAAAAAACCUGAUAACUUGCCUGAAUAUUUACCAUCUUCAGCUUUUCAAGUGAUCUCAAAUAUUCAUGGCGUGCCACCUUACAUAGAUUUUCAUUAUUUCAUAGCAGAUUGUAGACCUUAUGUCAUGUACGAAAAUGGACGGUUUGCUUUUAAACAUAAUUUCCAUAUAGAUUGUGAUUUGGUAUCUGAAUGGUCAUCAGCUUAUUUAAAUGCUGCUUUAAAAACACUUAAAUCAAUGGUAGAGGAUUUUGUAAUUGAAGAACCUAAUAAAGUUAAACACAUUUGUGUAAUGGGUAGUGGGCUACAAGGCUAUGAUCCAUGUAUUCAGAAUGUCAUAACAGCACUUUUGCACAAGAAUACAAAAUACGUGAGCAUUCUCUAUGGUGGAUACAACACUGUUCAUCAACUAUUGAAAUUAAAAAAUGAACUUAACUAUUCUCUGAGGAAUCACGUUGAGAAUAAAUGUGUUUUUUGUAAUCCAGUUUUACUUCAAACAGGAGAUGAGCAAUCUGUGGAUAAUGCAGAACUUUAUCAAGCAGGUUCAAGCAAAUCAGGAAAUGCAGAAACACCAUCACUGGAGCAGGAAUUGAAUAUUCCUGGUAAAAUAAAGCAAAAAUUAAGACAAACUGGACAGGAUAUAAAAAACCAAUUCAUGUCAUGUGUGAAUCCACAAUCACCUUCUUGUGAAGGUUCAUCAAAAGGACUAUCAGGUGGUAUCAAACUACCAUCAGAUAACAUCUAUGAAGAUAUUGAAACGGCAUAUGGCAAAGGAAGUAUGGCUACAGAUAGUGAUAUCUAUGGAGUAUUCAAUUUAAAUGACAUUACUACUUCCAAUGUAUCUUUAAAACCAGAUGAAAUAUCAUUGGAGCCUCAGUUCCAACCAGUAUUGAUUGACCAAUGGACAAAAACUCCAGAUGUAGAAAAGGUAUUCAAAUGUAGAGAAAUUUUGACAAGUGGACGUACUUAUGCAAGUCGAUUAAUAGUGACUCAUACAAAUAUAAUUCUGCUACGGAGAAUUGAUCAAAAAUCAAAGAAUAAGGCUCUCUUAAUAUUAAACUGUCCUAUUUUAUAUAUUUUAAAAAUCUCAGGAAGUAGCAAGAAUAAAGAUUUUAUGACAAUUACUUUUGAUAUGACUGGAACUAUAUCAGUGCCAUAUGACAAAGUAAAAUUAUUAUUGCCAGGAAAAGAAAAAUUCAUGAAUUUGAUCAACAAUAAGUUUGGAAUUAAUAAAUAA